CGGGCCUGGAGGCCUGGGGCUUUAGGACGCUGGCAAACAGCCGGCGGGACAGACUGACGUGUGGCUGCAUCGCAGGAGGCGCAUGGCGGGGAUGGCGCUGGCACGGGCCUGGAAGCAGAUGUCCUGGUUCUACUACCAGUACCUGCUGGUCACAGCGCUUUACAUGCUGGAGCCCUGGGAGCGGACUGUGUUCAAUUCCAUGCUGGUUUCGAUUGUGGGGAUGGCACUGUACACCGGAUACGUCUUCAUGCCCCAGCACAUCAUGGCGAUUUUACACUACUUUGAAAUUGUACAAUGACCACGAUGUAACCAAGAUCUAGAGGUUCUUUGGGGAAGAUCCACCCUAUGAAGUUGGAAUGAAACUUCAUCAGAUGUCCUAAGAAAAACUACCAGAUGUCAACAUAACCAACCUUAUAAAUACAAGACUAAAAUCCAUGAGUAGAACAGGAAAAUCAUCCUGACUCAUGCAUUGUGUUCUUUAUUUUUAAUUUUAAAAGAGGCUCUUGUAUAGUAGUUUUUGUCUAUUUUAACAUUGUAGUCAUUUGUACUUUGAUAUCAGUAUUUUCUUAACCUUUGUGACUGUUUCAAUAUUACCCUGUGAAAGCUUUUCUUAAUGUAACUUUGAGUACAUUUUAAUUGCCUUCUAUUUUUAAAACCCAAAGUCAUUAGUUGGGCUCUACUGUUCUUGCUAUUGUAUGGUAUAUACAUCUGCCUGGAUAUAUUUCUACUCUUGACCAAAGUUUUGUAAGAAACAAUACACGAUUUGGGGCAGGGGCAUGGGAGGGAGGAUAUUUUAUUGAGAACUACUUACAAAAGACUUCUCUGUAAGCUUGAACUCAGGAGUACAGUUUAGCUAUCUAGACUCUUAACAGCUUUUGCUUUAAAACUAUUGAAGCGUUUCUUAGCAAUGGAAAGUAAAAGAUCUUGCUAAAAUUAAAAUAAGGAACACUUUACCUUUUAAAUAUUUAUUCAUUAUGUGGAUCUAUUUCUAGAAAACUUUGGUGAUGAUUCUUGACAACAGGUGGUGAAAUAGCAUUAUUAUGUAAUGCUUGUAUAUACUGUAGAGUUUUUAAGAGAGGGUAUAUCAGUUUCCUCCAAGGGCCACUGUUAACAGUAUAUGUACUUCCUUAAAUUUAGUUUUCAUGAUUGUAAUGGGUGCUGCAAAUGCAUUUGCACAUUGCAAUAAGAUGUGAUGAGAUGUAUUGUUAAAAAACUAUAGCAGCGAAAAGAAGUGUAAACUUAUAAACUUAGUUAAAAUCC